UUUUUUUUUGACUUUAUGAAGGCGCUUUGUGGAAAGCAGAAGUGCAGGAAUCUACAAGCAGCCAUUGGAGCCUAUUAUGAUUUUGAGAGUCCAAACAUCAACGUACCCUCCAUGUCCUUUGUUGAAGAUGUCACCAUAGGUGAAGGAGAGUCCAUCCCUCCUGACACUCAGUUUACAAAAACAUGGAGGAUACAAAACACAGGGACAGAGGUAUGGCCUCCAGGAGUUUGUCUGAAGUACGUUGGGGGAGACCAGUUUGGCCAUGUAAACAUGGUAAUGGUCAGGUCCCUGGAGCCCCAGGAGAUUGCAGAUGUCAGCGUUCAGAUGUGCAGCCCCAGCACAGCAGGAAUGUAUCAGGGACAGUGGCGAAUGUGCACUGCCACAGGACUGUAUUACGGAGAUGUCAUCUGGGUGAUCCUCAGUGUGGAAGUUGGAGGACUUCUAGGAGUAACACAGCAGCUGUCAUCCUUUGAAACGGAGUUCAACACACAACCGCACCGCAAGGUAGAAGGAAACUUUAACCCAUUCGCCUCUCCACAGAAGAACAGGCAACCAGAUGAAAACAACCUAAAAGACCCUGGGGGUUCUGAGCUAGGCACAAUCAGCAAAAACACGUGGGGGCCUGCUCCUGACCAAAUUGAACAAGAUCAGAAUGGACUGUCACAAAACUCUGUAAAUCUCUCCCCCAGCAGUCACUCGAACAACUUGUCGGUAGUGACAUACAGUAAGGUAGGUGCCCUGGGAGAACAGGAGAAUGGGUAGGUGAUGAGACUGUGAUGUAUGUAAUAGUUCUUCAUUACAAACUGCAAAGCCCUUCCCUUCUGCUUCUGCCAGACCUGCUAAGGAAGGUUUUGAAUUUGACUGUCCGACUCUGCCAACUCCUCAUGUUAUAUUAAAAUACUUUUGCCUCUAAUAGACUCUACCAGAUCCACCUUUUCUUUUUGUUUUUGCUUCGAGUCCUUCUUAAAGUUUAUAUAAUCUUGUCUGGGUGCUGUAACUAUCAGUGGCUGGAGCCUAUUCCAGCUGCAUGUGCAAAUAAGUCAAAAUAUCUCUCAAGAUGUGUUCCUGAGUUUUACAUAAUUAAAAAGAGAAAAAAUAACCACACCUCCAAAACUUGAUAUUAACCAGAUGACUUCUGAUGCUUUUUUUUUUUAACUGGUGUGGAGAGACUGCAGAGCUCAGUGUUUUGAUCCCAGAAGCUAUCUGUCAGGAACAGUCAGAGGACUAUUAUUGUGUCCUUGUCUUGUUUAUAAUUGUAGGUGACUUUUAAAUUAUCUUUACUUUAAACCUCUCUCAAAAGCUUGCUUGGUGGAUGCUAUAAGAGUCUGAGUGAUAUUUUGACUUUUUAUUUGCUUGUGUGUGAAAAAUGAAUUGCAGGAUUAUUUACAAUUCAGAAUCCACCUGUUAAUGCAGCCAGUAUGUGUAGGUGUGUACUGUCUUAUGUCAAACUAGUUUGAUUUUUAAAAUCCUUCAAAAAUGCUUUACUGUACUUUAAGCAGGCUGUGUAGGACAAUAACACUUGGUUGCUGAAUGACUUAAUAAAGCCCUAAUGUUAGUUCACCUACAGCACUUUAGUUCCUAACUGGAUGAACUCCCUGUCCUCUACCAGUGGAUCAUAUUUUAGUGUCCUACUUUGCACCAGGGCUAUGCAUUUUUUUAACUGAUGGCAUGCAUGAGAAUAACUAUCUGACAGGCUACAAAUCCUCCUUUUUGUCUUUUGCACCUCGAAGAUCAAUUUUUAAUAAGCUCUGUUGGCUUCUGCUUCAGGAUUUUCACUCACUAGAGCUGAAAUGGAUGGCUUUGAAAAUAAGUAAAAAUAAAGUCUUUCAUCUAUCAGCUCAAAUAGAACCUGGGUUAACAGCGACUGAAGGUCACUGCUGUUGAAGAGUUGCUGGAUGGCAGUGAAAACUUUCACAGCAGGGUUUGCUGGAUGGAUGGACUGUUGUCUGUCUUAGCAGAGGCAUCCAUGAGUUUCUUUGCAUAAACUUCACCUCAGGAGCCUUGGGUGGAGGGUGCUGCCCUGCUGUUGUUUGUUGUACAUUUCCCAGCAAAGUUUGGUGGGGAGGGGGAUGGAAAUAUGAGUUAAGUUACAGCUUUGAAAUGCUGGAAUUGCCUAAACCUUUCACAACUUAAAUAUGAGGUUAGAUUUAGAUGGGUGAACUCCCUUCUGUUUUGGUGUCAGCUUUAGACUGGAGGUAACUUUUUUUUUAAAUCUUUUUCCCCCCUUGCCUGUAUUCUCAGUGCAGCACUUGGCAAUUGCUUUGUAGUUGAUUUGCACUUGCAGGUGGAUAGAUGUGGAACUGCUAAGAGAUGCACUUCAGAGAAAGCUCCUGCACAGAAAUCCUGGAAAUGGGGUUUUGGCAGUAAUGUGGCCUUUGAUUAUUAUUAUUUUUUUCACUAGGUCUCUCCCUAUGGAAAAUUCCUUGCCCUUCCUACUGAAAUUAAGGUGACGUGAGUGCCAGGAGGCUGGGUGUAUCAACAGGCUCUCUUGGCUGAGGAAUAGUAGAAUAUUUUGGCUUUUCUAAGGAAGAAUACAGGAGUAAGAAACGUGCCUAUUUGAGGUGCAGAGGACGUAGCAUAUGCCAGUUAUACUGCAGAGAAGAAAAGCCAGGGAAGAGACUGAGGCUCUACAAAGAUGCUCUCGCUAAAUUUAAGAGAACUGGUCUAGCUAGUAACCCAAAGUUCAUGAACAUUACUCUUAUGGGAUGAGUCAUUGUAACCUAACCCCAGACGUAGGGUAGGUGGCCUUCCUUCUCUUCUUGUUCCUCCUUUUAUUCACAGCAUGUGGGUGGUUUUGGGGUAGAUCUGAGGUAAGUCUUGUUUCUUGCUUUCUUUUAGAAGGGAUGACUUCUGGAAAGAGGAUGGGCUGUGUAAGAGGUUCAUUGAUCUAUUUUUUUUAUUGAGGUCUUUGUCUCUCGCAGUGUUUUCUGUUUGUGACGUAAUACAAGUUAGCUUUUGUUUUGGAAGUAAUUAUUAAGGGUAGGUGUGAAGAUGAGUCUUGUUCCAGACAUGCCCUUUCUGUCCAAGGCAAGAAGCAUUAUGCCACAGAUUUCAUACUCACCUUGGUACAGUACCUGUGGUACAACACUGCCUGGAGUGAACAGAUCUCAGUAGCUUUGGCAUCCUAGGUAUUUGGUCUCAUCUUAGACUGUCAGCUGAACACAUUUGCCUUCCCUGGUUUAGGUUUUGCACUGCUGUGUGCCUCCUUUCUUCCAGAAAGAUUUGAAGCUUUCAGGAAGAUAUUUUUUUUCCCCUAAUGUAAUGUAAUGUGUGAGCAGCUGAGGCUCACCUUAAAUGGAUAAGGGCUUGUUGAGGUGAUGUUAGAAGUAUUAAGCCACCUGAUCAGCAGGAGGUGUGCAGCUAUCUCUGGGAAAAAGCUCUGUCUCAUAGCCUGCUUCAGCUGGCCCACUUCCCUCUCCUCCCUAGAGCCUGGACCUGGACUGCUGAUUGAAUGGGAGAAGGAGAACUAUGACAUUUAGAGCCAUUGUCUUGUGACAGAGUAAUGAUGUGAGAGGCUUGAUUUCAAGAUCUGGAAACAAAGGUUACCGUGGGUUGGCUGUCUAGAUGCUUGGAUAUAGGAUACCUGAAUCUUACUUAACUUGGGCAGAACCUCUAAUAUUUUUAUUUCCUUUCACACCCCCAGAUAGCGGAUUGAAUUCCUAGUCAUGUUUAGCACACCAUCUGGUGAGAUACAGUAAAGGGGGAGGUUUAAGGUUCAGUUAAGGCCUUGUCUUGUAUUUAAAAGGGUUAUAAGCCCUUAAUAUUUCUCAGAUUGGUGUGGAGGUUUCCCCUCUGCAGAGAGACUGUGAAGGAUCCCAGCCACACAGCUGCAUGAGAGCAUGAAAUCCUGGAGAUGAAACGAGCUGUUUCUGGUGGCUGCAGUUGUAAAACAUGCUAGAAGUUGCCAGACCUUGUCUGCAUUAGUUCUCGCUCUGGUGCAGCUGAGCAGGUGUGACUUGUCCUCUAAAAUUCCCCAGUGGAGCCAGGAUCUCUGUGAUGCUGAUGUGCCAUCUGCUGCUGAAUGAGACUGGUGUAUGAAUGUUCCACACAUGGAAACAUUCAGAGAGCUUUUCUCCAGCAGCACAAAGCACGUGGUGCAGAUGCUGUGCUCAGUGAAACAAACUUUCCUGGGGAGAUAAAAGACUGUUCUGUAAGCAGAUAAGAUGAAACCUGUGACACAGUUGAAAGAAACUGAGUGUGGUCUUUAUUCCUGCUGUACUAUAUGCCUUCCCUGGGUCCAUCUUGCUCACCUUCUGAAAUGAUCUGCUGGAAGGUAGAUCAGGGUCUGUGUUCAGGGCAUUGCUUGAAGCAUGUUGUUAUAUCUAUUCCCAGUGGAGUUUUUUGCAUGUUCUUAGAAUCAGACGUGCUUUAAGUGCAGGAUAGGAUGCUUAUCUCAGGGUAGGGAUGAGCUGUAUUAGAAUCCAGAUAUACCCAUGCAUGGGUAUUUUAUUCUCCUCUUUGGCAUCGCUUUCUCUCUGUAUUCUCAAGAGAGAUGAGGCGAAUAUAGUUUCCUUCUAUUUACUUGCUCCUGUCUCAUAGCAACACUGUGGAGGUCACUGCUGCUCACUUGUGACAGUCUUUUACAUUAAAAGCACAAGAUGCAGUCUUCUAGAGCCUGGGGAAUUAGAGUUAAAUUCCUAAACGAAGAAAAGAAAUGUACAGAUUGAAUGUCUAAACGAAGAUUUGAAGUGGAUAGCCAUAUACUGACGCUCAUAUUGUAUUUGUCACUUACAUGAAAAAAGUAUAUAAAUCCGUUGCUGAGUUUAGUUGCCUGCCCAUGUGAAUUGAGGUAUUGCUGCUUUCUUUGUAGUGCAGAAAACUGCACGUGGAAGUUCAGACCUGCAACGAUUCGCCCAUACAAAACAAGUUGCAUUGUCACUGCCGUUGCAAAAGGCAUUCUACAAGUUGUCUGAUGCUAAUCUGUUCUGUUCUUUGCUCAUGCUGUUCUUAAAAGGUGAUGUAAUACAAGCAUAUUUGGAGUUCAGAGUGCCACCUUAUUUCCCUUGCUGUAUUUAUGCUCCCCAUCAUCAUCAUUCUGUGUGCAGCUGAACUCUGAUCUGUGCUAAAUUGCAGUUUUAUAUAGCUAGGGGAAACCAAACCUCGCUCUGCCCCGAGAGCCUUCUCACUGACUUCCCCUCUCCAAGUCUAAAAGCUGCUGCUGCUCCUGGAAGUAUGCUUCUUCCAAACCAGGGCACUCUGAUUGGCAUGUUUCUGGAGAACCUCUGUCAACUUCAGAUAGUUUCCAGUGGAAAAAAAAAAUCCUGUUUGGGUACCAAACUAUAUUUGUAGGUAAGGAAGAUGCCUCAGAAAUGUGUUUACUUCCAUGUAGACAAGAAGCUCCUUCUAUUCUGGUGUCUGGGCUUUAAAUUGGACUGGUUAACACAUGGCUAAAUUGAUUCAGAGCAAAAAGGGGAGAAUACUGGACUUGAAACUACUGGAGCUAGUCCUUGACAGCCACACUGCUGCACAGCACAUGCAGGUUAAAUUGGUGUUGCAUGAGCUGGUUUGUUUAUCUGGUGAAAGACUAACAUGUUUGGGUGCUGCAUGUUAGCUCAUCCAUGAAAACAAACAGUCCUGUGCUUUUGGCCUGUGGGAAAUGUGGUACAGUGCAAUUUUAGCUUAACUGUGCUCCAUUGCAAGCCACCAGUUUCCCUGCUUUUUAUCUCUGCGGACUAAAAGCACGCUGUUGAUUAAGUUACAGGAGCAAAGUUGUUGCAUGGUAACUUAAUCAUGUAGCUGAGCCCUCGUGUCCUUCGUCAGCUCUGUACAUCUCCACUGGCCCUGUAGUGCUUGGCAGCUGUGCAUCAAACUCCUGUCUCUCUUUGAGUGUACCUCGUAUUGAUCUUGACUCAGUUACAAAGGUGAAAUAAAGAUAGCUAUUUGAAA